AUGAAAUUCGGACGCACCAUCAAGACGUCGCUCUACGCCGAAUGGGCUGACAAGUACCUCCAGUACUCGGAGCUCAAAAAGGAGAUCAAGAAUCGCAUGGCCAAAAACAAUGGCGUUUGGACCGACAAGGACGAAGACGACUUUGUCGCCAUCCUCAGCAAGGAGCUCGACAAGGUCUACGACUUCCAAAAGGUCAAGGUCUCGGAGCUCACUGAGCGUAUCAAGCAGGCCCAGUCCGAAGUCAAUCUUCUUGUUUCCUCGCGUCCCAAUUCCUCCACCUCUCUUCCCUCCCGUGCCAACUCUCGCCCUUCGUCCCGUGCCGGUUCCGAGGUCGAAGGCGACGACGAUCCCCACCGCAAACGCAGGAGCAUCGGUCCCGACGGCAACGUCCUCUACGCUGCUCACGACGCCGGUUCCGAUGACGAGUUCGACUCCGACACGGAAGAUAGUGACGCUUUCGAAGAGCGAUUCCUCGAACUCGAAGAGCGCCUUGCCAUCAUCAUCGCCGACGUCCACGACCUUGCACUCUUCACCAAGCUCAACUAUACCGGCUUCCACAAGAUUGUCAAGAAGCACGACAAGCAGACCGGUCGUCUGCUCCGAAAGGAGUUCGUCCAGCACUACCUCUCGUCACGUCCCUUCUACAAGGAGAACUACGAUCAGCUUAUCGUCAAGCUUUCCAAACUCUUUGACCUCGUCCGCACACGUGGAAACCCAGUUCAGGGCGACUCGAGUGCCGGUGGCAGCCAAUCCGCUUUUGUUCGUCAGACCACCAAGUACUGGGUCCACCCUGACAACAUUGUGCCUCUCAAGCUCAUCAUCCUCAAGCAUCUCCCCGUGCUUGUCUUUAACGCCGACAAGGAGUUUCAACAGGAGGAUUCGGCCAUCACUUCCAUCUACUACGACAACGAGGACCUCGAGCUCUACCUUGGCCGUCUAGAAAAGACCGAAGGUGCCGAGGCCAUUCGUCUGCGUUGGUACGGAGGUAUGGACAACAAGCAGAUCUUUGUCGAGCGAAAGACGCAUCGCGAGGACUGGACCGGCGAAAAGUCGGUCAAGGCUCGUUUCCCCAUCAAGGAGGAGAACGUCAACGCCUGGAUGAAGGGCGACUACACCAUGGACGAGACCUUUGAGGCGCUCCGCAAAAAAGGCAAAAAGUCGGACAAGGAGAUUGACUCGAUGCUCCAGCUCGCCAACGAGGUGCAGUACUCGGUCCUCACCCGAAAGCUCCAACCCGUCAUGCGCAGUUUCUACAACCGUACCGCCUUCCAACUGCCUGGCGAUGCGCGUGUGCGCAUCUCGCUUGACACCGAACUUUCGCUUGUGCGCGAGGACAACUGGGAUGGCCGUCAGCGUGCAGGCAACAACUGGAGGCGCAUGGACAUUGGCAUCGACUACCCCUUUGACCAGCUGCCCGCCGAGGAUAUCGAACGCUUCCCCUACGGCGUUCUCGAAGUCAAGCUGCAGACCCAGCUUGGACAAGAACCUCCUCAAUGGAUCCGUGACCUCGUCUCGAGUCAUUUGGUCGAGGCUGUGCCCAAGUUCUCCAAGUUCAUCCACGGGUGUGCCACCCUGCUGCCCAACCGUGUCGACCUGGUGCCCUUCUGGCUACCCCAGAUGGACAUUGACAUCCGCAAGCCUCCUUCCAACAACCUCGCCAUCGAGCGUCCAAGCUCCAUGACGCAUAGUCCAGCCGGCUCGUCGAGGCCUGAUACUCCUGCCUCGAGGAGCGGCCACACGCCGUACAACGAGCCUGUGUCGGAGGACGAGUUCGAGGGCGCUGACGACGACGAGCGCGGUCAUGCUAUGGCAGACGAGUCGCGUGAGGCGAACAACGUCGGCAUCUCGGCUUUCGACCCGCGCAUCCGAGAAGCGAGGGAGGAGCGAGAGCGCAACAUCCGAUUGCGUCAGCAGGAGCUCGAGAAGCAGCUCGCUGAGAACCCGGACAAGACGUCGAACGCGGCUGGUGGCAUGCUCGCCGUUGCCUCGGCUUCGGUGGUGAGGGAUCAACGACCGUCCAAGUCCAAGUCGGCCGCGCCUACCCGUGAGGAGAUCCUUGCACCGUCGCAUCGGUACGACCAUCAUUUCUUCUCGAAGCUGACGCCGAAAAACAUUCAACGGCUUUGGAACACCAAAGGCUCGUCGCACGAGCACGCCGACGACGCCAACACGGACGCCGGCGAGGCAGACGACGAGGACGAUCCUGUACGACGUGCGCUCGAAGGUCAAGAUGAAGAAGUACCUCGUGGACCCGAUGUCGAGUACGUGCGCGAUUUCUACGCGCAACCGGGUAAGAAGGUCAGCGUGCCCAUCCGCAUCGAACCGAAAGUGUACUUUGCCAACGAGCGAACGUUCCUCAAGUGGCUCGAGUUCAACGUCUACCUUUCGGCACUCGCCGUCGGUCUGUUGAACUUCAGCAGCCCCGGUGAUAGGACGGGUCUGAUUGCAAGCUCCUUCUUCACCAUUGUCGCUCUGAUCGGAAUCGCGUAUUCCGGCAUCAUCUUUGUCAUCAGAGCGUUGAAGAUCAGGCAGAGGGAAAGUAGCAACAUCUACUUUGAUGCGUAUGGCCCUACGAUUCUUUGUGGAGCUAUCUUGUCGGCGGUGGUGGUCAACUUUGUUCUCAGGUUUACCGAGUCUCAUCAGCAUCGGAAUCAGAGGGGGGUGAUGAAUUGA